AAACGAUGGCCAGUAAACUAGAGAUUCCUCUUCAUGAAGAGAUGUUUACAAUAAUGAGACAACAUGGAGCCAAUCUGGGCAACAUCCUGGACACUAAAUUCAGAUGUGUUGCUGCUGUUUGGGGUGUAAAGCUGGAGAAUCAGAGCAGCACUCUAUACCAGAGAGGACCAUCAACCAUUUUUGCAGAGAUGAGGCUUGAAAUCAUGAUGCCUUCAGGUGUAAAGGUGUCUGUAUGGAAGGCUGAUCUCACCACCUUCCCUAGCGUUGCUGUUGUGAAUGCAGCUAAUGAAAAGUUACAGCACUAUGGAGGCCUUGCUCGAGCUCUGUCCUCUGCUGGUGGUCCUCAAAUUCAAAAGGAAAGUAAUGAUUAUAUUAAAAAGUAUGUAAAAUUAGAAACAGGGGAGGCAGUUGUUUUUGAUGCAGGGCUACUACCAUGCAAAAAGAUCAUUCAUGCUGUGGGUCCAGAGCUGCCAUACAAACCUACAAAGAACGAUGUGUCAAAAGCGAGGACAUUUUUGAAGAAAACUAUCUUGAGCAUUCUUAACGAAGUUGAAGAACACGGUCUGGGGAAUGUUGCCAUUCCUGCCAUAAGCUCUGGAUUGUUCAACUACCCACUGCCAGAAUGUGCCUACACCAUAGUGUCUACUGUUAAAAAGUACUAUGAGUGCAAACGUGUUGCUCAAGAGGUCUUCCUUGUGAACCAUGAUGAACCCACAGUGCAGGCCAUGGAGACAGCAUGCCAUCAGAUAUUCAGGCCUCAACGGAAUCAUGAAAAUGCCUUUAAAGAAGAAAAGGUAAACUUCCGGAAAGGAUCACAACAUUUGAGCUCUCCACAUACAUCUGGGCGUAAAGCUGAUUCCUACAUUAGGAGAGCUUCAACUCCACACCUCAUCCUGCUUGGUCCGUCUGAUGAGUCAACACACGAGGCUGAGAAGUGGCUCAAUUGUCUUCUCUCAAUGCAAUCUCACACCAUUACGAUCUACAACAACUUUAUCUCACACUUCAGGAUGGAAGACCAUCUCAGGCUAGGGUCAUCAAAAGGGUUGUUAAUGAAAAAGUACUUGAUUCAAGGUCAUGCAUGUAUAGAAUUAACCUCAAAGACAAAGGAAGAGACUGUUCUUGCUGCUCUGGAGGUGGAGGCCAUGCUCUGUAAAAUCCAGAAGGAGUUCGUCUCAGAGGAAGAAGGUGACCUGCAGAUGUUGUCUCAAACAGAGCUAUCCUGUAAAAGGGAAGCAAUUGAAAAGUCAAGUAAAGAAUUCUUGGAUCGAUCUGCUGUGUUCGGCAUUCACGGGCUCAGAGUAAUGAAGGUGGAAAAACUGGAGAACAAUCCUCUGAAGUUGAUGUUCGACCUGAAGAAAAAGCAGCUUGGCAGUUCAUCUUCUAGAACCAUGUUUCAGUGCAUCCCAGCACAGUUCUGUGAGAUGAUCAGUAGGAUUGGGUUCCAGGCUGAGUGUUCACCGCCUGAAGAUCCAAAGAAUGUGGGGAUCUAUUUUGCUGGAAAUGUGAAGAAAGCCCUGGAGAUGUGGAAGAAGGGAAAUGAAGAGUACCUGUACUUUGUGGAGGCUGAAGUGGUGACAGGAAAAUCAGCCUCUGGUUACCCAGGAAACCCAAUGCCUCGUCCAGCUGAAAAAGAGCCUAAAUUUAUCCAUGACAGUGUGGAUGCAGGCCCCGAUGUAUCCGUUAUCCUCAGUGGGUAUCAAGCUUUACCGAUGUACAUCAUUAUCUGUAAAAUGGAUCCAAUAAUUCACAACAGGAGGCAGGACUGUACGAUCCGUGACUCUCAUCGUCAGAAUUACCCAUAUGCAGUUUAACCUGAUAAAUUUUAGUUAUCAGGUAAAACUGUUCACUGGAGAGUUUAAUCAGUGGCUUCAUGUGUUUCACAGACUACAAAAUAAGAAAAACAGAGAGAGCGUCGUUUGGAGUCUUUGUGUCACAUUCCUAAUUAUCUGAUUGGUUCUAACAUGAUGAGACUGACCCUGUUAAUCCCGCCUUUUAAAAUCAAGCUGUACCAGCACUUUAGCAGACUGAUACGAUGCAUACACAACAAAUCAGUCUACAUUUGUUCACUGUUAAAUAUAAGAAUCAGA